AUGGAUGACGAUGAAGACUUGAUUGAAGACGAUUAUGAUUCAUAUGACGAAUUAUUUACCCAGCAUUUCACGGAUGAUAACCUUUCGCAACUUGACGGGACAAAACUUGCGUCUCCUCCGCCAGCGAGGGCUACUUCCCCAGUGAGAAAUGCGAAGAGCCCACAGAAACCGGCCAGCAGCACCACACGCUUCUCCUUGAAACCGAAACCUCCUUCUGGAAAUGAAUUAUCGAGCCCCAGUCUGUCGGGGAAAGAGACUUUGCCCUGGGCACAACGAUAUCCUCCUCUCAACUUGGGGGAACUGGCGGUCCACAAAGGGAAAGUUCGCGACGUGGAGCAAUGGCUGAACGGUGCAUUCACCGGAAAAGCUGGAAGAGAUUUACUCGUACUCAAAGGACCAGCGGGAAGUGGGAAAACUACUACGAUAUCGUUGCUGUCAAGGACUCUGAACUUCGAUAUAUUGGAAUGGAAAGCUCCCUCCGUGUCCUCGUACGCUGACAAGGAUUACGUCUCGCUUGCGGCCCAAUUUGAUGGGUUCCUCAGCCGGGGUCACGAGUUUGGCAGCCUAGAUUUGGAUGGUCAUGAUGAGUCACAGAUCUUCACUGAAGGGAAUAUCUACGCUCCUCGGCGUGUCAUUCUCAUCGAGGAAUAUCCAACGUUGGCUGGUCGGGGUGCCGCGGUUCUUGCUGCUUUUCGACUGUCUAUACUGCGCUAUAUCUCCAUGAAUGCGCCGCCUAGCAGGAAUGUCUAUGGCGGGACUUCCGGAGUACCACCUAUCGUCAUGAUUGUGUCCGAAAUAUUUUCGAACUCCGAGUCGUCGUUUGACAAUUUGACAGUUCACCGAUUACUUGGUCGUGAUAUUUACGAUCAUCCGAGUACUACUGUCAUCGAAUUCAACAGCAUUGCGCCCACAUUCAUGAAUAAAGCUUUGAAUGUGGUUUUGAAAAAAAGCGGUCGUCAGCCUCCAGGUGAUCAAGCUCUCACGCAGUCUAUAAUCGAAAGCAUCUCUAAACUGGGGGACAUUCGAAAUGCAAUCGCGUCUCUAGAGUUCCUUUGUUGCGGUAGCGGCAAUAGAAGCCACUGGAGCGAUCCAACCGUCAGAUCCAAGCGUAUAACUCGCGCCCGCAAGAAUAUUUCUACCGGUAACAGUGGGGUGCCGAGAGCCAUAGCGCAAAGAGAAGCCAGUCUAGGGCUGUUCCAUGCAGUCGGCAAAAUAGUUUACAAUAAACGAAGCGACACCGACGUCGAGCAUCCGCAACUUCCUUCCCCUCCAAAUCAUCUCCGUCAUCUUGACCGGCCGGGAGUUUCUCUGGUGCAUGCGAACGAGUUAUUUGAUGAGACGGGAACUGACAUACAGUCGUUCAUUAGCGCUCUGCACGAGAACUACGUUCCAUCCUGCAACGGACCUUUAUUUACAGAAAGCCUUGAGGGGUGCAUAGAACGCUUGUCAGACAGCGACUUGCUGUGUAUCGAACGCAAAGGAUACAGUAGGCCCCAAGCUGGUCUUGGGAUUGGUUCCGUCAGAUGGGUGACUAGCAGCAUUGAUCUACUUCGGCAAGAAGAGAUGAGCUAUCAAGUAGCUACACGAGGUCUACUAUUCAAUCUCCCGGCACCCGUGAAGAGGCAACUGCGACGUGCGAACGACUCUCACAAAAUCUUCUUUCCGCCCACCGUCCGACUGGUUCGUGAAUUGGAAGAUAUCCAGAAUAAUAUCGAUUCGUGGAAAAACACUCUGCUCGGCUCGGCCUUGUCUCAAGCCGCUGUCCCGCCAGCCAACCAGCGUCAGCCUACAUUACACAAGUUUCCUCGUGAAACGAGGAGCAAUCUUCGUGGUAUUUCUGAUGAUAACUCGUCUUCGAUCAUGGCUAUGAUAUCACGCAGCGACCUGAUACUCUAUCAAUUACCCUACAUGACAAAGAUAGUUGGCGAACGAGCAGAAUCAAAAAGUCUUCGGCGAAUCACCGCAGUUGGAACUCGAGGUAUAGACUUCAGCUCACAACAGGAUGACUACGCUUUUGGGACCGCGCUCCAAGGGUAUGGCACUUUUCGAGUAUCUAAAAAUGAGGAGCGAGGCGGGUCGCUGGGGCCGCACACACCUUUGAUCCCGCAAACAGAUGAUGAGCGGCUCAUUCUCAGUGAUGAUGAUAUUGAAGAGGACCCGGCAUGA